AGAGAUUGAGCGCCCGUCAGACGUCGUGCGCGGCGCAGGGUUUUGCCGAGAUUUUCCUAAAAAAGGGCAUCGCCACCGUACCGAGAAAAGAAAAGGGAAUACGAGGCGAAAAAACACACAAACUCCUCUCCUCAUCGCCUCUCCUCGCCCCCUCUGCCCUUCCUCAUCUUCCUCCCGUUCGGUUGUGGCUCCGUCUUCCCUCACGAUUGGUGCCCGGGCGCCGCCGCCAUCGCCAUGGACGGCCUGCACGGCGCCGACGCCUGCUUCUCCCCCGGGAGGGCCAUGUCGCCGCAGGUCCGGCCCCCCGCCGGCCCGCCGGACGUAGGCAGCCACUACUUGGCGGAGCUGUUGCAGGAGCACCAGAAGCUCGUCCCGUUCACGCAGGUGCUACCAAUCUGCAGCAAGCUGUUGAGCAACGAGAUAAUGCGGGUGACCUGCCUGCUUAAGCACCAGCAUGGCGGGGACUUUGAGAGGCUGCCGCCGAUGGCGAGUCCAAACCAGAUGCAUCAUCAUCCGUCGCCCCCAAUGCCUAAUUUCUGCGGAAAUGGUUUUGGCCCGUGGAACCACGGGGCGCAUCCAGAGAGGGUAAGUUUUCCUCAAGGACCUGUGGGUUGGCAAGGAGCACCACAAAGCCCCUCUUCAUACAUUGUCAAGAAGAUUUUGCGGUUGGAGAUACCAACAGAUACUUACCCUAAUUUCAAUUUUAUUGGCCGUCUUCUUGGGCCAAGAGGAAACUCGUUGAAGAGGAUUGAAGCCUCUACGGGUUGUCGUGUUUUUAUCAGAGGGAAGGGCUCAAUUAAAGAUCCUGGGAAGGAGGAACAGCUGAAGGGAAGACCUGGUUACGAACACUUGGAUGAUCCCCUGCAUAUCUUGAUUGAAGCAGAGUUACCUGCCAAUGUCAUUGAUGCAAGACUCUCAAAAGCACAAGAGAUCCUAGAAGAGUUGUUGAAACCAGUGGUACGCGAUGAAUCACAAGACUACUACAAGAGGCAGCAACUCCGUGAGCUUGCCAUGCUGAACUCACCGCUCCGAGAGGAGAGCCCUCGUCUAAGCCCGCAUCCAAGUCCGCACCCAAGCCCGCAUCAAGGCGGCGCUUCACCCUUCAGUAACGGUGGGAUGAAACGAAGCAAACAAUGACUGCAGAGGCCUGCUCCUCCCAACUUUGACCCUUCCAGAAACCUGCUCUCAAUCGGUGCCCUCACAACCUAAUUUUUCAUGAGCAAGCUUUCAUGAUGGUGUUGGCAUCCGUGCGAAACCUGUGUUACUAGUAGAAUUUUGAUGAGUCUCCCUUGUGACAUUAGCCUGUGAUGACUGAGUGAGAAUGAUCUAUGAUAGCGAAUCCUCCGCCUUUAUAAUUAGAACAUUUGAUUUAUUUGUUGUUGGUAAUCAUCAGAUAUGGCACUGUGCAGAAUUCCGAGUU